CUACUGCCCCUGGAUCGAGCGCUACGCCGCCGACAAGUACGCCAGCAGCAGUCGCAGUCUGCUCGCCCAUCGCUCGUCACCGCCGCAGUCCUCUCGUCGCCUCCUCGGUGUUUUCUUUCGAAGCGUCUGCGAUCCUGUCUCUCCUCGCUUUUUCAGAGGCCCGAUGAUGAAGCUCUGGUGGAUUCUGCUGCUGGCGGGAGUGGCGCUGCCGAUGCUGGUCGGCGCGACGAGCGACGCCGAGUCCGAUAUGUGGGAGGACGACGACGACGACAAGGACACCCUCGUGCGGCAAGUCCGCGGCACCAAAGGAAACAAUGGCAAUGGAAACUCGCAAGCGUGCCGAUACAACAAGGGCCAGUGGUCGGAAUGCGACCACAAGACUAACAUGAGAACUCGCACGCUGACUUUGAAAAAGGGCGACAAGACUUGCGAGCAGACCAAGGCUAUCUCUAAGAAGUGCAAGAAGGACAAAGCCUGUCGGUACGAGAAGGGACAAUGGAGCAGCUGUAUCAAUCAGGUUAUUACGCGAGUGGACAAUGUCAAGUCGACCAGUGAUCCAUCGUGCGACAAGACGCGUCGCAUGACCAAGAAGUGUAAGACUGAAAAUGGCGGCAAGAAAAACAAUAAAGAUCGAUCAAACAAAAAAGGAAACAAGCAGCAGCAACAGCAGCAGUAAAACAACCAACGAUUUUCCGAAAGCGCCCGGGCAUAGAUCCAUCAAAAAGACGACGAAGACGAGAGUCGCGACUGUCAGCAUCCAUCGAAUUUCGGCGCUUCAACAAUCGCGAAACGUGUAAAUCCAUUCUCUGUGGUCGAUAAUAAAUAAUUAUUUCUUCAGACAAACAACAAACAAAAAGGUUAAAAGAUCGUUUAUCCUCGUCCUCGUAUAAAACUCUAGCGUGUAGGCAGUUGAUAAGUGUAGGUCGACUUUUUCCUCCUCAGUGUGUCUACUGUAAUUAAAAAAAAAAGAUACCAACAUUUUUGACCGCACUUUGAAAAAGAAAAACAAUUAGUAUGUGUAAGAGAUUAAGCGGCGCGCGCGGUCGUGUUUAAAAUAAUGAAAUCAAAGUUGUACAGCGAAAUGUUGAACCGCGACGUCAAAUCAUGUAUCUUCCAUCAGAUCUUUUUCCGCAUUGUAAACGACGAAUGAAGCUGCCGCCAUCCUUGUGCGGACAGCUUUAUUUUUUGUAUUUUCAUGCCCCACCCUCCUCGUAGGCUUUAGACUUAUUCUUCCGUAGAUGUUAUAUCGCUCUUAUAAUAAAAAAGAAACUUGUAAAUCUUUUUUGCGACUUUUGUUCGUCUGACUAGUAACAACUUUGUGCUGAAUUCGACUCGAAAAAACAAAUCUAUGAAAACUAUAAAUGAAAUAUACCGACGACGUGUUUCGCCACGCAGAUUCAUCUUCAGUUGAGAACCAAAGCUCAAGACAAAUAAUAGUUUAACAAAACACUGCACAACGUAUAUACAGCGCGUACUUACGGUAUUUUGCACUGCACUUAUUCGUUUCCUUCUUUUCUCUUUGCUCGUCUGUCCGCGUUUUAUUUCAUCUCAUUUCGUUCCAAGUGCGAUCGUGCACGGGUCGCAGACAACUUGAAAAAUAUAUCCAACCCUCCCUCUUGAAAUCGUGUUUUUAUUAUACAAUAUGACAAAACGGUGUACGCCGAUGACGCGAUGCAAAUAUCUUUUUACCGAUGUAUUUCACGAAAUAAAAAAAUAACCGAGUAAAUAAACAAAAUAUAUAAAUAUAUAUAAACAAUAAAAGACUGUACGAGCGAUUUGUUCAUUUUGCAUUCGCGUCGCGUACCGGUUGAGCACAAAAAUCAAAGCAAAAAUGUAAGAGAGAAACAAAAAAGGUUUUCAAAUGAAAAUAUAAGUCAUUCAACGAGAAACUCAUCAAAAUAUGUGUCUUCUUCGCAGAGCAGAUAUGUCAAAGGUGUUUUCUCGCGCGGUUUUCUCAAUUUAAAGGGAUACGUGUUAUUUGUGCAUAAAUAAAAAGUAAUGAAUGAAGUGAUAAUUAAGUAGAGAGGAAAAAAAACGAAUGAAAAUGUAGCGGCUGGCAUUUAAUUUGUACGUCCGAGUGAUUAUAUAAUCGAUUGUCAAAUGUAUACGAUUUGUUGUACGAAAAUUUUCAAAUCUUUUAUUAUUGUGUACGAUUGAAUAAAAAAAAAAUGAGAAAAAUGAAGGUUUUUCAAAAACUUCUGCGUCGAACGUACAAAUGGAGCAGCGAGUGUAAUCCUUAAAUCAAAAGAAAUAUAUAAAAAAACAACAAAACAAAAAAUAAUAAGCAAGCUGAUAGUGAAUGCAAAAAACUUUUAUUAGUCCUCCAAGUUUUUAGCUGGUAGAUGGAAUUGUAGAUGACAAUUAAAGAAAACAAACGCCAUAUCAUUCAAAGUAAAAGUUUAUCAAAUAGCCUACAUAAGAAUAGUAUUUACCUAUGUUCUGCAUGGAGAAAAAUGAGCAAACGUCCCCCUUUUAAUCGAUAUCUUUAGACGUCUAUUUACGAAUUGUAGAUCAAAAUCGCGCGAGCAUCAAAAUGUUGCGCGUUUCGCGAGAGUUUUUUUCUCAUAUAAAUAUAUAUAAAUAUCGAUGUAAGAGUCAGUGCGACAUUCGUUAAGAAUGAAUCGUUGUGAAAAAGUUUUUUCGAUGUCUCUUUCUAACGCAUUGUAACAUAGCUUACGAUGUUUUUUCGACUAGGAAUUCAACGAACGAAGAAAUGAAAAAGAAAACAUUAUUUUAUUGAACAUACGUGUUUUUCUGAUAACAUUACAGAUUUCAACAAAUAAAAUUAAUGUUCGAAUUCGAUUCUUAGUUGUAACUGAUAGAGAUGCGAGAGAGAUAAAAAAGACAAUGAUUCUCGUCGUUGCACUGUUACAACGAUAAUCAAAAUAAACAUGGAAAGAACAUCGGUGUUUUGUGUAGCAUUUAAAUUGAUAAUUCGACAAGGAUAGGUCUGUGAUCCAAGUGAUAAAUUUCCGAAAAAAAUAGCAUUGUUACACUACAUAUACUUUUGGAAUGAUUAAUUGCAGGUGGUUUUUGUUACACAAGCAUUGGACGGAUAUAUAUAAACCAACAUUAUCCUGCUCGAAAUGCAAGAGGCUUUUUUUUACGAAUGGUUUCAUGGUAAUUAUUGCGUAUGAAUUCUAUAUUUUCAAGCUAUAAAAACUGUUGAUUACAAAAAUGCAUUUUAUACACCUCAAUGCUCUUUUAAAUUCAUUUAUUUAAUUUAUUAAGUGAAUUCAUUACAUUAUAUUAUAUAACUGCGCAUCUAUAAAAUGAAAGUGUAACCCAUUACACAUGUAAUGAAAAUCCAAUGUUGUCAAUAAAACUUAAAAUUAUGUAAGAAUUAAUCUUUGCCUCAUUUACCAGACGUCCUGUUCGUUUGGUUCAUGUAAGACACCAUUAAAUAUUCAAUAUUUAAUAAUAAUAAUACAUGUUAUUUUCAAUGUUUAAAAAUUCAUGUGUAUGUACAUACAGAAUAAUAGAAUGAUAAAUUAUAUGGUAUAAUAGAUAUGUAGUAUUUGCAUCAACUGCAGGAUUGAUUGCUCAUUGUUUGAAUAUUUGAUAAUUAAAAUAACGCACGAAUAAAUCAUUCAAGUACCUUUCGUUUUAAAAAUUAAAAAUUGAUGAAAUUGCUAUUAAUUUAUUUUCAUUAAUAGCUAUUGAUACGAUUAACUAUCCUUUGAUAUAAGUGAUAACAUAACAAAUCAAAGUAUUUACUUAAAAAUUUAUAUAUGAAGUAGAUUUAACGAAUAGAAUACUUGCAGGAAGUAAAAGCGAAGUUAUACAUCUUCUAAGUCCUGUGCGCGAACCAUACUUGAACAACAGAUUCCCAUCCAUCAGUUGUCGAACAAUUUUACUUACUACUAUUCAACAAAACUUGAAAAUAAUGUAUGUCAUUUAAAAAAUGUUGAAUAAACUGAAAAGCUCGAGAAUUCGAGCUUUUGCAAAGGUCUACUAAC